CAUAAAUUAUCACCAUUUCGUUCGAUGCUUCUUACAUCUGCAUGGGAGAGAUCCAUAUUUGAUGAAAUGAUUAGAGCAUUGGCACGCCAUUUUUCAAUGCUAAAUACUGAAAAUAAGGUAUCACAAUCUAUUACUAUUGAAGUUAUUAUACCAAUUUCUGCGCUUACUGAACCAGAAACUGGUUCAGAUGAUGACUUUCAGAAUAAUAACGCUAAAAGUUCACAGUCACAAAUUACUUCUUCGCCGUUAAAGAUCAUCUAUCAUAUCCGAACUUCAACAAAUACAAAGUUCAUAUUGUAA